AUGUCCGCGAGGAUUUGUUUUCUGAAAAAUCCCGAUCCCUGCAAUCACUUAUCUGAUUAUAAGCUUAGAUAUGGUACUGAUGGUUACAAAUCCUUCCAAAACUUGUUCAGAUGCUUCAACGACGGAAGAAUUAAGAUCAAACCGCGCGAAAUCGAGAUAAUACCCAGAUGCAGUUAUUGCUCCGUUGAUCACCGGAGGCUCUACACCUGUUUGAUCUGCCGCUCGAUUUCGUGCUCAAGCCACAUCCUUUUGCACACCCAGUCGAACAAAGGGCACGAUAUCGCCAUUGAUGUCGAAAGAUCCGAGCUUUAUUGCUGCUCCUGCAUCGAUCAAGUGUACGAUCCCGAGUUCGACGAGGUCGUCGUGUCUAAGCAGCUUGUUGCCCUGGGUGCGUCUGUGAAACCCGGCGGCGAUGUUGUUGCGGUGAGAUCGAACAAGAAGAGGAGACUGGACUCGCAGUUGAUUAUUGGAUCGAAUUUUCUGGUCUCGCCUAGAGAUCGGAGGGAGAAAUGGUCGUUCCCUCUGGGGUUGAGAGGUUUGAACAAUCUGGGAAGCACUUGUUUCAUGAACGCUGUGUUGCAGGCGCUUGUUCAUGCUCCUCCUUUGAGGAACUUUUGGUUGAGUGGUCAGCAUAACCGUGAUCUUUGUUCGAGAAGGUUAGAUGGCUCGCUGUGUUUGCCUUGUGAUCUUGAUACCAUCUUCUCCGCAAUGUUCUCCGGUGAUCGGACUCCUUAUAGCCCUGCCCAUUUGCUUCACAGUUGGUGGAAGCACUCAAGCAAUCUAGCUACAUAUGAGCAGCAAGAUUCUCAUGAGUUCUUUAUUUCGCUAUUGAAUUGUAUCCAUGAGAACGAGGGAGAGUCGAAGAAAUGUCUAUAUAAAGAUCAUGAAGAGUGUCAGUGUAUCACUCACAGAGCAUUCUCUGGUCUAUUAAGAUCGGAUGUCACCUGCACAACUUGCGGAUCCACUUCAACGACUUACGAUCCGUUUAUGGACAUUUCACUUACUCUAGAUUCAGCCAAGGGAUCGUCUCCGGCAGAUUGCAGAAAGAACAGAAAGAGUGGCGAGCCAAGCGUUAAGCCAAGCAUGCCAACACUCUCUGGCUGCUUAGAUUUCUUCACAAGGUCAGAGAAACUUGGUCCUGACCAGAAACUGAACUGCCAAAGCUGUGGAGAGAAGAGAGAGUCGUCCAAACAAAUGUCCAUAAGAAGACUUCCUCUGCUUCUCUGCUUGCACGUGAAGCGUUUCGAGCACUCUCUCACCCGUAGGACCUCGAGAAAGAUCGAUAGCUACUUGCAGUAUCCGUUCCGCUUAAACAUGUCUCCUUACCUCUCAUCCUCCAUCAUCGGAAAGCGGUUUGGGAACAGAAUAUUUGCGUUUGAUGGAGAAGGCGAGUAUGAUAGUUCAUCGUCAUCGGCUUCGUCGGCGGAGUUUGAGAUAUUUGCGGUUGUGACUCACUCGGGGAAGUUGGCGUCAGGGCACUACGUGACGUAUCUGAGGCUUAAAGGGCUUUGGUAUAGAUGUGAUGAUGCAUGGAUCAACGAGGUUGAAGAAGAAGUUGUGAGGGCGUGUGAGUGUUAUAUGUUGUUCUAUGCACAAGAGAAAGUCAUUCAAAAGGCUCAUAAGGAGUUGAGUUAUCAAGUUAUCGCCAUGGCUGAUGCAUUUCCCUUUGCUGAUUGCUGA